AUAAAGAUUUCCAAGAUUCAGCCAAAUUGAAAAAUUGUUCCAGCCAUGGGAGAAAAUGCAAGUUUUUGGGAAGGUCUGAUUUAUGCACAUCCUACCUGUACCACGUGGAAGCAAGAGGCAGAGGGAUCUAUCUACCACCUAGCCAGUAUUCUCUUUGUUGUGGGCUUCAUGGGUGGAAGUGGAUUCUUUGGGCUUCUCUAUGUCUUCAGCUUGCUUGGAUUGGGCUUUCUCUGCUCUUCUGUUUGGGCUUGGCUGGAUGUCUGUGCUGCUGAUAUAUUCUCCUGGAAUUUCAUACUGUUUGCCAUAUGCUUUGUCCAGUUCAUUUACGUUACCUACCAAGUUCGGAGUGUUUCCUUUGACAGAGAAUUCCAGGAACUCUACAGUGCUCUCUUCCAGCCUCUGGGAAUUUCCUUGACUGUCUACAGGAAGAUUGUCUUGUGCUGUGAUGCAGAAGUGGUUACCCUGGAGAAGGAACACUGUUAUGCCAUGCAGGGCAAAACACCUAUUGAUAAACUGUCCUUGCUUGUGUCAGGCAGGAUCAGAGUGACAGUUGAUGGGGAGUUUCUGCAUUAUAUUUUUCCUCUUCAAUUUCUGGAUUCUCCUGAAUGGGAUUCACUGAGGCCCACAGAAGAGGGAAUUUUCCAGGUGACCCUUACAGCAGAGACAGACUGCAGGUACGUGGCCUGGAGGAGGAAGAAGCUGUAUCUGCUCUUUGCUAAGCACCGAUUCAUCUCCCGCCUGUUCUCGGUUCUAAUCGGGAGCGACAUCGCGGAGAAACUCUACGCCCUGAACGACCGGGUGCAGGUGGGGAAGGGCUUCAGGUAUGACAUCCGCUUGCCCAACUUCUACCACGUCUCCCUGCCCGAGACCCCUUCAGUGCGGCCCUCCCACCACCUGCAAAGAGGGUCCCCCCGGCACAAGCCCCCAGGGGUCACAAACUCCUUCAGCGCGCAGUCCUGGAGGGAAGACUCUGCUGCUGCCGCUCCCCGGGGCCCUGCAGGGAAGUGCAAAGCAGAAGAGCAGAGAGGUGGAGGAGAAUGA